AUGCCUUUCGGGCUGAAAUUGCGACGGACCAGGCGCUAUAAUGUCCUCAGUAAGAACUGCUUUGUGACACAAAUCCGUCUGCUGGACAACAAUGUGAUCGAGUGCACGCUCUCAGUGGAGAGCACAGGGCAGGAGUGUCUGGAGGCUGUGGCCCAGAGGCUGGAAUUACGUGAGACACACUACUUUGGCCUUUGGUUUCUCAGCAAGAGCCAGCAAGCACGAUGGGUAGAACUGGAAAAACCUCUGAAGAAACAGCUGGACAAAUUUGCCAAUGAGCCUUUGCUUUUCUUUGGGGUAAUGUUCUAUGUGCCCAAUGUGUCCCGACUGCAGCAGGAGGUCACAAGGUAUCAGUAUUACCUACAAGUGAAAAAAGAUGUUCUUGAUGGUCGAUUGCGUUCUUCGUUGGAUCAGGGGAUCCGGCUGGCUGGCUUAGCUGUGCAAGCGGAUUUUGGUGACUAUAAUCAGUUUGAAUCUCAUGAUUUCCUCCGAGAAUAUGUUCUGUUUCCUAUGGACUGGACUCAAGAUGAAGCAGUCCUGGAAGAUCUGACUCAAAAGGUAGCUCAGGAACAUAAAACUCACAUUGGCAUACCAGCAGCAGAAGCUGAACUUAUGUACAUCAGUGAAGUGGAACGCCUUGAAGGGUUUGGACAGGAAAGCUUCCCUGUGAAGGACAAUCACGGAAAUGAUAUGCAUCUUGGCAUUUUCUUCAUGGGAAUCUUCAUAAAAAAUAGAAUUGGAAGGCCAACAGUGAUAUACAGGUGGAAUGAUAUUGGGAAUAUAAUACAUAACAAGUCUUCAAUCAUCGUGGAGUUGAUCAACAAAGAAGAAACCGUGCUCUUUCACACAGAUGAUAUUGAAAAUGCAAAAUAUAUUUCACGGCUGUUUGCUGCAAGGCAUAAGUUUUAUAAACAGAAUAAAAUCUGCACAGAACAAUCAAGUUCUCCUCCCCCUAUCAGACGGCGGCCCACCUGGAGUAGGUCAUCCUUGCCAAGACAGCACCCAUUUAUACUGCCACCUAUGCAUGUCCAGUGCGGAGAACACUACACUGAAACAAACAACUCACAAGACAGCAUUUUCCAUGGAAAUGAAGAAACAUUCUAUUGUAGAUCUCAGACCAGCUUGGACAGGUGCCCCAUGGACUUCAGCUACUUAAAUGGUAAUGGGCCAAAUGGCAGUAUGUGCAGUGCCCACAGCAUGAACUCUCUCAACCGUUCACAGAACUUCGUUCAGGCGUCUCCAAUGUCCUCCAAUCUCAGCAUCCCAGGAAGUGAUAUCAUGAGAGCAGACUACAUCCCCAGCCAUAGACAUAGUGCCAUCAUAGUGCCGUCCUACAGGCCAACGCCAGACUAUGAAACUGUCAUGAGGCAAAUGAAGAGGGGGGUUAUUCACAUGGAUAGUCAAAGUCAAUCUUUAAGGAACCUCAAUAUUGGAAAUACACAUGCUUACAACCAACCAGAAGACCUGGUUUACAGCCAACCUGAAAUUCGAGAGAGACAUCCCUAUACUGUUCCUUAUGGGCCGCAUGGUGGUUAUAACAAACCUGUUGCCCCAUCUGACCAAAUGAACCCUAAUAAUGCUGUGCAGAAUAAGGCAGCAGCCAGUGCCAUAUCCCACACAGUUAGCACGCCAGAACUGGCUAACAUGCAGCUGCAGAGCAGUCAAAGCUAUAGUACUGUCCAUAUGUUAAAUAACUAUCUUUUCAGGCCACCACCUCCAUAUCCACGUCCACGUCCUGCCACCAGCACGCCUGACCUAGCGAGCCACCGUCAUAAAUAUGUCAGUGGCAGUAGCCCUGAUUUGGUUACUCGUAAGGUCCAGCUCUCAGUGAAGACAUUCCAAGAGGACAGCUUACCAGUGGUUCAUCAGUCACUCCAGGAGGUUAGCGAGCCACUCAUGGCAGUCAAGCAUCAUGCAGCUUUGCACAAGCGCCAUAGUUUGGAGGUCAUCAGCAAUAUGGUACGUGGUAUAGAAGCUAUGGCUUUAAAGACAUUAAAUGCCCCUCUGCCACGUAGAAACACCUUGCGAGAGCAGGUGCAGCCAGAAGAGGCAGCGCAGAUGGAACACGCGGUUCAGCAGCACCCUUGCUACCAUCACAAGAAGACGUUCUCGAGUGCCACGAUGCUGAUACACAGCAGUGAAAGCGAAGAGGAAGAAGAAGCUUCAGAAUCAGUGUCACAGAUAGCACCGCUCCAUGAAAAUGUGGAAUAUAGUGCUCAGUUGCAAGCUGCUUUGGCUAGAAUACCAAAUAAACCUCCUCCUGAGUAUCCUGGGCCAAGGAAAAGUGUUAGCAAUGGAGCCCUGAGGCAGGACCAAGUAAACAUUUCAGUGGCUGUAGCCAGGGCCAAGGCCAUGAGGCCAGGGCCUACCAAGGCCAUUAGCGUGUCUCGGACUGAUCAAAUGACAAUGAAUGGGGCCUCACUUGGACCAUCUAUCUCAGAGCCUGACCUCACGAGUGUAAAGGAGAGGGUCAAGAAAGAACCAGUGAAGGAAAGGCCUGUGUCCGAAAUGUUUUCUAUCGAGGACAGCAUUAUAGAAAGAGAGAUGAUGAUGAGGAAUCUAGAGAAGCAGAAGAUGGCAGGCCUGGAGGCCCAGAAGAGGCCCUUGAUGUUGGCAGCGUUAAAUGGACUCUCCGUUGCUAGAGUUCCAGUGCCUGAGGAUAGCCAGGAUGAAGUAGCCAAGGUGCCAAUGGAUGAGAGGUGCAAAAUCUUGAAGAGGAAGUUGGAAGAGGGGAUGGUAUUCACCGAAUAUGAGCAGAUUCCAAAGAAAAAGGCAGAUGGGAUCUUCACCACUGCAGCAUUGCCUGAAAAUGCUGAGCGCAACCGCAUCAGGGAAGUCGUUCCUUAUGAGGAGAACAGAGUAGAGUUGGUACCAACCAAAGAAAAUAAUACAGGCUACAUCAAUGCCUCGCACAUAAAGGUUACUGUAGGUGGGGAGGAAUGGCACUAUAUAGCCACACAAGGACCUUUGCCACACACUUGCCAUGACUUCUGGCAGAUGGUGUGGGAACAGGGGGUGAAUGUUAUAGCCAUGGUCACAGCUGAAGAGGAAGGAGGAAGAAGCAAGAGUCAUCGCUACUGGCCUAAACUGGGCUCUAAGCACAGCUCAGCCACUUAUGGGAAGUUUAAGGUGACAACUAAGUUCCGCACGGAUUCUGGAUGCUAUGCUACUACGGGGCUGAAGGUCAAGCAUCUUUUGUCUGGGCAGGAGAGGACAGUGUGGCACUUGCAGUAUACUGACUGGCCUGAUCAUGGUUGUCCAGAAGAAGUCCAAGGCUUUUUAUCCUAUUUGGAGGAGAUACAGUCGGUACGUCGCCAUACCAACAGCGUGUUGGAUGCUAGCAACAAUUGCAACCCGCCAAUCGUGGUUCACUGCAGUGCAGGUGUAGGGAGGACAGGGGUGGUUAUCCUAACAGAACUGAUGAUUGGCUGCUUGGAACAUAACGAAAAAGUGGAUGUUCCGGUGAUGCUGAGACACCUACGGGAACAGAGAAUGUUCAUGAUUCAGACCAUCGCUCAGUACAAAUUUGUCUAUCGUGUGCUCAUCCAGUUCCUACAAAACUCUAGACUCAUUUAA